AUGUUUUGGGGCUCAUUAUUUGCCCUCCUUAACUUUCUUUGCAUAGCUGAGGGCGUGCACAAAAGCCUUUUGAUCCAUAGGAUUUACGAACUCUUUAUCCACCUAGGACUCUCCGAUCACAAGACGGGUGCUGUUCUCCUUUUGAUCUCGGCUUGCACCGAAGCGGGUUUCAAUUCUGCAGCACGUGGUCUCGCGGCUUCAAUAGGUGGGGCGAAGCGACUCCACACACUCUCCACCUGCACUUCCGUUGGUGUCAUCCUCGUGCUUAUUUUCUCGGCAGCCCUCCUGGGGACUGUCUUCAUCCAUAGUGAGCCACCUCAGUUGGACAUACCGGUCAGUGAGUUCAGCUACUUCUAUGGCUUCUCGACAACAGCACUUGUGGUGCUCGUAUUCGUAGCAGACUUCUACUUCUCCGAGUUUAUGGUCAAAAAGGUGGGACCUCACUCUCCACAGAAGGUUUCCUAUCCCUGUCUGGUGCUGGCUGCGUUCUUCAUCAGCGCUUGCAUCAACGGUUCGGUAACUUCGGCCGUGGGUGGGCAUGUAGACACUAUCAUGCCCGAGUCUCCUUCGGCCAGGCCCGUCCACCAUCUCUCCACUGGUGCAAUCAUCAGCUUGAUGGCCUUUCUCUACGCCUCCACUCUGUUGAACCGAACAAGCUUGGAGAACGGAGGCGGCCGGUUCUACAACAGUCGACGCUUCGUGGGUUUCUCACCCGCUGGUCUGCCGCUCUACAUGCCCCAAGUGACGCCUUCCAGUGCUGUCGGCGGUGGCGAGGGACUGAGCCUCACCUACCACGCAGUUGCUAUAUUAAGACAGGUCACCGCCGAUCGUGCCUCAUUCCGCAUAUUUGUCUUCCUCUGCCUCAAUUUGUCUUUCACCUUCAUUGAGCUCUUCUACGGUGUGUGGACCAAUAGUCUUGGCCUCAUUUCGGAUGGCUUCCACAUGCUUUUCGAUUGUGCUGCCCUGGUAAUGGGCCUCUACGCCUCUGUGGUGGGCCGCUGGAAACCCACCCGUAUCUACUCCUAUGGGUACCAUCGAGCCGAAAUUCUGUCCGGUUUCAUCAACUCCCUCGCUCUAAUGGUUGUCUCUGUCUCCAUCUUUCUCAACGCACUUAAGCGGGUUCACCAACCUCCAGACAUCAAUACUGAUCGGCUUAUGGCGGUAUCAAUUGGUGGUCUGCUAGUGAACCUAGUGGGCAUAUUCGCCCUGGGACACACGCACUCCCACGGCAGUGGUGGUGGCGGCGGUCAUGGUCACUCCCACAGUGGAGGGUGUCACGACCAUUCGCAUGGCAGCCACGGUCACUCGCAUGGGCCGGGUGGCGAAAAGAGCGCAGUGGAGGCUAAGGUGAUAGUGCUUCCUUGCUCCAACGGCCUUUCCGAUGCCCACGACGCCCUCGCGGUUGACCACGAGGACGCCUCGGGGGACAGCAAUCUCAGGGGCGUUUAUUUGCACGUGCUGGCGGAUACUCUAGGCAGUGUGGGUGUGAUAACCAGCUCCUUCUUCGUCACCAAUUAUGGUUGGAACAUUGCCGACCCCAUCUGCUCCCUCUUCAUCUCUGGCGCCAUCACGUACUCAGCAUUGCCGUUGGUCAAGGACACUCUUCUGGUGUUGGGUCUUCGAGCGCCUCCCAAACAUCACCCUGCCUAUCCCAAACAUAUCCUGCGGAAGGUUCUCCAAGUGGAUAAGGUGCUAGAGGUGGUGAACCCUUGCAUCUGGCAAAACACGGAGAAUACUAUUUGCUGCUCAAUGCGUCUGCGUAUAGCGUCCGAGGCUACCGAGCAACUGGUUUUGGCCCAAGUGAAGGAGGUGCUGAAACUGGACCAGAUAAGUCACCUGACUAUUCAGUUGGAGAAGGACGACUUUUACCAGCACAUGGAGGCCCUAGAUCUCCACCCAGACACCAUUACACGUCAUACGCGCUCCAGUCUUGCGGAAUAUCCCAACAAUCACCAACACCACCACCACUUUCACCCCCAAGAUCCUGUCGUUGUUACUACACAUAGCGGUGACAGCGGUGGUGGUGGCGGUUGGACUACCGUCAAGUUUUGA